AUGCCUCCGCCAUACACCUCCCGCUGGGCGAUCCCAGCUCGCAUCGCAAGCCUCCUAAUACUCCCCCUUCUAUCAGUACACGCCUCAUUUGAAGACCCCAAACUCCUCCCCACUCCACCAAUGGGCUUCAACAACUGGGCGCGCUUCGAGUGCGAUCUCAACGAGACGCUCUUCACCGAAACCGCCCAGUCAAUGGUAUCCCGCGGCCUCCUGGCUGCAGGCUACAAUCGUCUCAAUCUGGACGACUGCUGGAUGACACACGAGCGCACGGCAAACGGUGUAUUGCAGUGGAACGCAACCCUCUUCCCGCACGGUAUCCCCUGGCUAGCUGAUUUCGCGCACAAGCACGGCUUCCAUCUGGGUAUUUACGAGGACUCGGGGAAUGCUACCUGUGGCGGCUAUCCCGGUUCAUACGGCCAUGAGCAGGUGGACGCGGAGACGUUUGCGAGUUGGGGCAUUGAUUAUUUGAAGCUUGAUGGGUGUAAUGUUUAUCCUGAGAAUGGGAGGUCCAUGGCUGAGGAGUAUAAGCGUCGGUAUGGGCAGUGGCAUCAGAUUCUGAGUGCCAUGGCUGAUCCGUUGAUUUUCUCCGAGUCUGCACCGGCUUAUUUCUCCGAUAAUAAAACUGAGUGGGCGAGUGUUAUGGAUUGGAUUCCUUUCUAUGGGGAGUUGGCCCGUCACUCGGAUGAUAUCCUUGUCUAUGUAGGCGAGGGGAGUGCCUGGGAUAGUAUCAUGGUGAACUAUCACUAUCAGACUCUUCUUGUGCGCUACCAGCAACCCGGUUAUUACAAUGACCCGGACUUUUUGAUCCCUGAUCACCCCGGUCUGACCGAUGCCGAGAAGCGGUCCCAUUUCGCGCUGUGGACUUCGUUCGGUGCGCCGCUGAUUAUCAGCGCUUACAUCCCCGCGUUGUCGGAUGAGGAAAUUCAGUUCCUUUCUAACAAGGAUUUGAUCGCUGUCGACCAGGAUCCAUUGGCUCAGCAAGCGGCCUUGGUCAGCCGUGAUGCGAGCUUCGAUGUACUGACUCGCUCGCUGGCAAACGGGGACCGGCUACUCACCGUGCUGAACACCGGCUCAAGUUCUGCGAAGACUAGCAUCUCUGUGGCUCGUUUGGGUCUGAACGAGAAGUGCCAGUAUAAAGCCCGCGAUCUCUGGACAGGCAAGGUCUCUUCUAUCCACGACUCUGUUGAUAUCACCCUCGAUAGCCACGCAACUGCAGUCUACAGAAUCACUCCUGGUCGGGGCUGUACCUCGGUUACUCCGACAGGAAUGAUCUUCAACACUGUUUCAGGACACUGUCUGACCGCUUCAUCUUCUGGUGCUACCUUCCAGACCUGCAACGCAGCUGAUAACCAGGUCUGGAGCGUGUCCGGCUCAGGAACCAAGGUCACCGUGAGCCCGCUCUCGAAUCCAGCUAAGUGUCUGGCUGGUAAGGGAUCAGGUACUGUCCUUGUUGAUUGUAAGAGUGGAGCUGAUACUGUUUGGUCGCACGCUAUUACUGGUCACUUGCAGAAUGCGAAUGGUGACUGCCUGACGGAGUCCGGCGGAAAGGGUACCUUGGCAGCUUGUGAGUUGAUGCAGAGUGGGCAGAUCUUGGGAUUGCCAAGUGGCGUACAUGUGGUGGAUGGAAGUAGCAGCGAUAAAUAG